AUGGGCUCCUACACCCCAACCCCGGAGUACUACGACGCCAUCGUCGUCGGCGCUGGCUUCGGCGGCUGCAACCUCCUGCACCAGCUCCGCAAGCUCAACUUCCACACGCGAGUCUUCGAAGAAGGCGCCGGCCUCGGCGGGGUAUGGUACCACAACCGGUACCCUGGCGCACGCGUGGACACCAAGACCCCCUUCUACGAAUUCUCUAACCCCGACCUCUACAACGAGUGGGAGUGGUCCGAGCGGUACCCGGGCCAGGCGGAGAUCCUACGAUACUUCGCGUUCGUGGAUCAGAAGUGGGACCUCAGCCGGGAUAUCGAAUUCGGGGCGCGGGUGACCAAUGCGCGGUGGAAUGAUGCCACCAAGAUGUGGAAGGUGCAGACGAGUCGCGGCCAUUGCGUGGACUGCAGGUUUCUAAUCUUGUCGAUGGGGUUCGCGGCCAAGAAGUACAUCCCCGCGUUGGAGGGGUUGGGAGAUUUCGGAGGGUUUGUGUGUCAUACGGCGGAUUGGCCGGACCAGGCGGUGGAUUUGGAAGGGAAGAGGGUCGCGGUCAUGGGGACCGGAGCAACAGGCGUGCAGGUGAUUCAGGAGCUAGGGCCCAAGAGCGGGGAGUUGGUCGUGUUGCAGCGCUCGCCGAAUUGCGCGUUGCCGAUGCGGCAGCAGCAGUUGCGGCAAUCAGAUAAGGCCUCCUACCCCAGGCUGUUCGCCAACAUGCGUCUCUCCCUGACGGGCUCGGACGACCCCCCGACCCCGCGCAACGCCGCGGAUGACUGCCCCGUCCAGCGGCAGGAGCUGUACGAGCGCCUCUGGGCGAAGGGGGGCUUCGCGCCCGCCCACGGCAACUACCAGGACAUGAUGACCAGCCUGGACGCCAACACCUUGUUCUACGAGUUCUGGCGCGACAAGACCCGCGCUCGACUGACGUGCAGCGCAGAGCUGGUGGAGCACCUCGCCCCGACGCACCCGCCCUUCGCCUUCGGCACGAAACGCCCCUCCCUCGAACAGCACUUCUACGAGGUCUUCAACCAGGACAACGUCACCCUCGUGCCCUUGAAGCAGAACCCAAUCGCAAGGGUAACAGCCACGGGGAUCCAGCUCGCCGACGGCACGGCCAUCGCUCUCGACGCUCUGAUCCUGGCCACGGGCUUCGACGCCGUCACCGGCAGCUUCACCCGGCUCAACAUCACUGGCACCAACCAGAACCGAGACCUGGCGGCGGAGUGGCGCGUCCGCACGCGCACGCAUCUCGGCAUGGUGACGGCCGGCUUCCCCAAUCUCUUUUUCCAGUACGGGCCGCAGAGUCCCACCGCGUUUGCGAACGGGCCCCUGAUCUCGGAGAUCCAGGCGGAGUGGAUUCUGGCCACGAUGGGGUAUAUGCGGGAGCGUGGGUAUGCGACGGUCGAUGUCAAGCCGGAGAUGGAGGAGCGGUGGGCCCAGGUCACGGACGAGGCGUGUGCGCGUACCCUCAUGGGGAGUAAUGAGACGACGUGGUAUAUGGGGGGCAAUGUGCCGGGGAAGAAGCGGGAGGCGCUGGGGUAUAUGGGGGGGUUGCCGAAGUAUCAGGAGUAUUUGAGGGAGUGUGUUGAGGGGGGAUGGAAAGGGUUUGUCAUGGGUGGAUAG